UCCCCAACAAAAUCAUAGCUGGUCUAGAUUCCUCCUUUUCCGUUGCAUAUCUCAGUUUCUCUCGCUUCUGUCUGUCAAUGCUAAAUUACAAGUAAUAAAGCUGGACCGAGAAGACUUUUGGUCUCCUCCUGUUCCUACUCUUUCCUGCCAAGUCGGCUGUUUUGCCCAUGCCUUGAUGGGCCUUCUUUCCAUUCUCUGCUCUUGCCUCCAGAGAAAACUCAAAUCCACUGCUUCCGAUGUCGCCGAUCACGACUUUGAAACUCAUGACCUCUUCUUCGAUCUCCGUACGCUUCAAAUCGCUACCAAUUUUUUCUCCGACUUGAACCAGCUUGGUCAUGGUGGAUUCGGUCCCGUUUACAGGGGAUUGAUACCAAAUGGUCAAGAAGUUGCAGUGAAGAAGCUUUCACUAAAUUCAAGACAGGGACUGCGAGAAUUCACUAAUGAGGUGAAACUCUUGUUAAAACUUCAGCACAAGAACUUGGUCACUUUGUUGGGAUGUUGUGUAGAGGGAACUGAGAAGAUGCUUGUUUAUGAAUAUCUGCCAAACAAAAGCCUUGAUUAUUUUCUUUUCGAUAAACAGAAAUCUUCAUCCCUUGAUUGGACAACACGGUUUAGAAUAGUUACAGGAGUGGCAAGAGGUCUUCUAUACCUGCAUGAAGAAGCCCCUGAAAGGAUCAUUCAUAGAGACAUCAAAGCUAGCAAUGUUUUGUUGGAUGAACAUUUGAAUCCAAAAAUUUCAGAUUUUGGCUUGGCAAGGCUCUUUCCUGGUGAAGACACGCAUUUGAAUACAUUUAGGAUUUCUGGUACUCAUGGUUACAUGGCCCCUGAAUACGCAAUGCAUGGAUAUUUGUCUGUGAAGAGUGAUGUUUUUAGCUAUGGAGUUUUGCUGUUGGAGAUUGUAAGUGGGAGAAAAAAUCACGACAGCCACCUUGGUGGUGAAAAGGCCGACAUCUUGAGCUAUCAGACGUGGAUGCUCUAUCAAGGAGGAAAGACAUUGGAUUUAGUUGAUCCAACCCUUGAUAAGUUCAAUCGAGACGAGGCAGCAAUGUGCAUUCAACUUGGAUUGUUAUGCUGUCAACAAACCGUGGCAGAUAGGCCUGAUAUGAACUCAGUUCAUCUCAUGCUUUUGAGCGACUCAUUUACUUUGCCUAAACCUGGUAAACCUGGAACUCAAGGUCGUCGAGGACGUUGGACAACUAGUUCCACUUCUGCUUUCACUAAAACUAAUACUAACACUAAUGCUAAUACUAAUACUAAUGUUAGCAGCACAAGCACUGGCAUUGCCAGAGUUUCUGGGGGCAAUAGUUUUGUUGAGGAAUAUUCUAGAAAUUCAAUGUCUAUUUCUUCUAUUGAUGAAGGUAGGUAACCAUCACUUAAUUGAAAAGGGUAAUUAGGUGCUUUUUCUUCUUUUUUCUCCCAGGGCGUUGGCCAUCUCCAGUUGGUGGCUUUAUCAGCUUUAUAUAAAUAAAUUAUUCUUUAUUUUAUUGAGUGUAAAUAUUAUGCUGUGCUAGUUAACAUGUUGCCCAGACGGCAACUUCUUGAUGCAAAUAGUCCAGACGGCUAUUUUUGGAUGUAAUGGUUUCAAAUAAUGGAUUCGGAUAUGAUUUUAGUUGUGAAA